AUGUCUUUUAGAACCAUUGAGGCAGCCCGUGCAGCGCUGCUGGAUCAGGAGCUCAUGUCCACCAUGGGCUUCACAAUUGACCAGCUCAUGGAAUUGGCAGGUCUGGCCGUUGCACAGGCCAUCUACAAAGAAUACCCUCCUUCCUCCACCAAAAAUUGCCUGAUCCUUUGCGGCCCAGGAAACAACGGUGGAGACGGCCUUGUGGCCGCCAGACACCUCAAGCUGUUCGGCUACACCCCAAAAGUGUACUACCCAAAACCAACAAACAGAGAAAUAUUCACUGGACUGACUACCCAGCUGCGCAACUUCAACGUUCCAUUUGUGUCUGACCUCACACCAGAACUAAAGUCCUGCGACCUGAUCGUGGACGCGCUGUUUGGGUUCUCGUUCAAGCCGCCGAUCCGCAAACCGUUCGACACAGUCAUCGAAAGCAUGCUACAGGCGCAAAAAAACAAGAAGAAAAUCAUCGCCGUGGACAUCCCGUCCGGUUGGGAUGUCGACGAGGGCCCUGUUGCCAAAGAAAUCUCGGAUUACCAGCCUGACCUGCUCGUGUCUCUCACAGCCCCCAAGCCAUGUGCAAAGCUUUUGAAGAACGGAGCGUUACAUUAUGUGGGAGGAAGGUUCAUCGAUAAGACGUUUGCAGAAAAAUGGAACAUCGACGUGCCAGACUACCCCGGCAUCGACCAAUGCGCAAAAAUCGAUUAGUUACCAUACGGACGAAAUGGUUAGCAAAAAUAUAUGCAAUUCAUACGAGAAUGAAAUAUGGCAAGCAAAAGAACCGAAUAAACACACUUAAUGAUAUGGAAAAUGUCCCUUAUUCGCUGGAAAAAUCGACAAACUUAUAACAAGAGCUAGUAAUACAAUGGAAAAUUCAUGAUCGACAACCAAGCUCAUUUCGGAUACUGGGAAAGUGGCAUUUGUUGAUAGGAAAACUGUUGGAAUCCAUUGUACUGACUUCCACCAUUCUGCACAGCAGCCCCGGUAGCAUUGCCGUUCUGCGUUGUAUUAUUCUGGGAACCGUAGUUUGGAUUAUUGGAUCCCCGUCUGUUCUGGCCCGGACCCCUCACACCUAGUGGAUUCUUGCUGAAACUCAAGCGGAUUCCUCCUUUAUUAUUCGAGGUAGAUCCAUUGGCACGAGGAAGGGUGCGGCCAUACAGUUCUGCCAAAGCCCGUGUAGCGUAAGCAACAUCUUCGAACUCAACAAAGCACAUUGGUCCAUGAUGCGAGCUUGAUCCGUUGCCAGUAUUUUGCUUCGUUCGGAAGGACAGCCUGCGGAAACCUUUCUGCGGCUGGAACAAAGUACGAAGUUCAAGCUCUGUAGCGUCAGGUGGCAGAUUACCAACAUACAGUGUGUUGCAUGGCGGAUUUUGAUCAGCUGGAUUCGCAGGUGGAGGCACUCUGGCCAACAAUGACAACUCGGGAAUAUGCUGCUGCUGUUGCUGUUGAGCAGGCUGAACCAGCGAUUGCUGGAAUGGAGGCGAUGUGAUUGAAGGCGUUGAAGCUCCGUUAACAAGCAUCGAUUGUUGUGUUCCGUUAGGCUGCGAAGGGGCACUUGUGGCAGGCGUCGAUUGAUUUCCAUUGAAAAAUGCAGAACCUUGUCUUCUUCUGUCCCAUUCGUUUGUGAUCGGGGUGGGUAAUCCCGUCGGAAGGGAGGAAGCCAGACCGGUGUUGAUGGUCAACGACUCAGGGAUGUUCUUCGUCGGCGUAUUAUUUGCGGGAGAGGACCCACUCUUAGAUGUACUCAGAUUAUGCUGCGAUGAGGCUAGGCCAUUGCUUCCCGUGGACCACGGUCUGACCAUCUGGUCGUACUCAUUAUGCGAAUCCAUCAGAAGCACCCCUUUACUUGUUGAUGCCAACAAAGGUGAGGUCAAUUGAUCAAAAACGUUCUGCGCGGAUGACGUUGAUGCCACAGGAGCUGUGCCCUGUUGCCCUGGUACCAAUCCGCCUGGCAGGGCUGAAGUCGGUUGAGACGGAACAGUUUGUGCUUGCGAUGCUGAUGAUGAGGUUGACGAAGUGGAAGAGCCUGGAGGAAUAUUUGGAUUAUUAUGACUUGAAAAUGGAUCGCUAAAAAGAAAUCUCGAUCUUUGCGUGCUUAGCGGAGGUCUUUUAUUAAGUCCAAUAUUCGAUGUCUGAGGAGGGCCGAGCGAGCUGAUUACCGGAAGAGCUGAUGAGUUGUGGGAUGGCGAUGUCUGUGCAUAAGGCGAACUAGCAAAUGAUGAAGUUUGGUCGAGUUGGUCGUUAACCAAUUCCACGUUAACCGGCUGAUAUGCAGUACUGAAUAGGCAUUUAUCGUCAAGAAGCUGCGCAACUUGUUGCGCAGUUUUCAACGAGCUGAAUUUGGCGAUGAUGACGGGGCUCGAUGACACAGAACCAUGACUAGAAAGCGAUGUCGAGAUCGUGCCGUUAUUCAAAGGCACGGGAGACGAUCCAUGAGUUGGCGAGUCCACUUCAUGGACAAUAUCGACGAACACAACUUCAUCUAGACACAGUGAAAAUAUGAGAAAUGCCUCCCUUAACGUGGUAUCCGAUGGCACAUUCUUGAUUUUCAACACAGCACUCGGUAUGAGGUUCGAUGUUUUCAAUGACAGAUUCGACAUUUGUUCAUUUAGCUUAGGCUCAUCGUGAUUAUCUUCCCUGGUGCUCGGAGUCAAUGUGUCUUCCGACGUAUUAUUUAGCUUUGUUUCCAUUUCUCCAGACAUUGUUAUGGCGAUAAUAAUAUGCACCCAAAAUACGCGUUUUUCGCUAGCCCUGAAAAAAAAAGUUUGAGCCAAACAGCCGAAUGGAGAUAAUUGAUAAGUCGAUCGGUGAUAAAAUGUUAUAAACACUCGAUAACUUCGGGAAUUUGUAGACUACGUGAUGUAGUGAGCUUGAGUAAUUUCACGUGGUAAUAAAAGACUCUAAAAUGACCUUUCUAGUACCCAAUC